AUGCGCUCGAGGGUGGGCAUCUGCGCACGGCCGAAUGACGUCUUUCGCAAGCCCGAGAUACUUGGUGUGUUUCGCCUCCUCGCCACCCGUGGCGAUCUCUGGGAUGACACCUGGAUGGAGCAAGCCUGCGCUGCCAACAACGUGCCAUUGGUGCAGCUUCUUCUUGAGCACGCAGACGGGCGCUGUGGCCCCGGCGCCUUGGCAGUGGCCAUCUUCCACAAGGCGUGGGACGUCGUGCGCUUUCUCUUGGCCAAUACCACGAUCAAUGUCUCGAUGAAUGCGCUGCAGUCAUUACUCGGGCCCGACGGUCUCGACCUCGCGGCGCACAUUCUGCAGCGCCAACCAGAGCUCCGACACGAGGAGCUCCUCCAAACCGCUUCUGCCAGCCACAACACGGCGGCGACCCGCUUCCUCUUCGCCGCCGGCAUUGGCAACCCGCGCAAAUGCCUCUACCAGAUGGCAGGUCGUCCCAAGCACGUGACGGAGAGCAAGCUCUUGUUGUCGUACUGCAUGCACGCGACCGACCAUCUCGACAACGUUCUCUUUCUUUUGAAGCUCUACAAGAUACCCGACCGCCGCCGCAAGACGAUGCUGCACCUGAUCACACCCGAGCUCACAUACCAAGGUCGGAAGGUGAGCCAAACGACCACGCUUCCGCCAAGCGUGGCGGCGCGUGCGACCACGCUGCUGGAGGCUGGCGAGGUUGUCGACUGGGCGCUGGCCAUUGUCAUUUGUACUGCCCAUGUAACGGGCGCGACAAACAGCACAGAGCAGCUCAAGACGAAUACUUCUUUGGUUCAGGACGUCGAGCUCAAGACGCACCUUGUUCGCCUUCUCGCCAGCAAGCGCAAGCGCCAGGAGAGCUAG